ACACUUCUUGUAUAUAUGUUUAAUUUCUUGAAAUUUAUAACGUUUCAUUAGUUAUAUAUGAAAAUCGAUUUUAUGUAUUGAGUAUUCAACUACUUUCAAUGCACAUUAAUGUUAUGUUAAUAACUAAAAACAUUAUUUCAAUUAAAGUCAGCAAUUUUAAUGAAAAAAAGUUUUCUUUUUACCUUUGUGAAAGGUAAUGUAAUAUAUUAUCUUUUCAUAGUUUUAGUGUCAUAUAAGAAAUGGACGAGAAAGAAACAGAUCUGGUCACGUGUUACCCAACUAUACAUAAUUCUGUGAAAAUAUUUGCGGCUAUAGCCGGCAAGUCACGCGAUCAAAUAGAACGAGAAGUAAGUUUAUAGUUAAAUAUUUGAGGUGAAAUAAUAAGUAACGAAGUCUCAACAACAUUUAUCCAUUUUAUUAAUGUUUCGGCAGUAUGACAUGACCCCUUCAGAAUAUAUCAAGCAGAUGUUAAUGUGUAUUCAAGAGAGGAUCAAUUAUUUGCUGAAACCAGGCCGCAGUAUAAAUGUACGAUUUUUAUACGACAACUGCGAAAGCCGGUGCUUCAGAGUUUCGCCUAGCAUUGUCGUUUUUCAACGAUUUAUUCCCGGCAACUUAUACAACGUAACACUCACGGUUCGAAACGUGACAAAGGUAAGAUUCCACUUUCUAAAUAUUGCAUUGAAGAUGUCACGGCACCUGAAGCUCUCGCGCGACCCCGAUCCUUUCUUUUCCAUAGAAUAUCACGGAUCGAAUUACAGCACUAUGGUAGCGCCAGGUCUCGUUCACAUUUAUAACGUCAGGUUCAGCCCGACGGAGAAACGGGAUUACCAAUAUCGUGUCGAGUUUAUCAAUGAUACCGAGAUCUUCGCGGUGCCAGUAAUCGCUAUUGGCCCAAGACCUAUUCUAGACAUUCCCGAUCGAAUUGAAAUUCCAGCGACUGCGGUAAAAAUUCCCUCCUCGAGGACUAUUUUGGUACGCAAUGUAGGAGAUGCGCCGGCAAUCUUUAAUCCAAAAUAUGUAAAUUACAAAUUGACAGGAGAGAAGCUCUGCUUGACAUUACGGAGUUCAGCAAUAAAUUCCACAAUUCGACUUGACAGAGGUAGUAUCAGAAUGGAGGACACUUAUUUAGGUUUAUCUAGAAGUAAGGUUUUAACAAUACACAAUAGAAGCGACUACGUCGUAAAAUUCCAAUGGAUGCGCUUUAAAGACAACGACACCGACGUACAACGCAAGGAAGAGUAUGAAGGAGAAAUUUGGCCGCAAUCUUCCGCAGAUAUCACGAAAACUUGUAUAACUUUAUCUUCAAAAACUUCCUUUUACCUUGGAAUUUCCUCGCUAAUUUUGCAUCCCGUUGGUAGCCUUCGCGGAACUGGCAAGGGACCAGUUUUCCAUCUCAAUGUGAUCACUAUCGACCUUAGCAAUAUCUUUCUAUGUUCCGUGCACAAUUACGAAGUAAGUUUAUCAGUAAAUUCAGUUGUCUAUAAAAAUUUUAUAAAAUUUAUAAAGAAUUUUUAUGUCACGGACUUAUUAAAUUUUUACAAUACAUUUUUACGUUGUACGUUUUUGUAUUGCAUUAUGAAAAUUAAUAUAUCUGAAUCAAUUGCAUUUCAGAUUGUAGCAGCAAAUAAUGGGUACAUUUGUGGUACAUUGAUUUAUAAAGCAAGACAAACAGAUUUUGGUGGCACUAUUAACAUUACUCCGUGUACUUUGACAUUAAAACCGGAUGAAUAUAAGUCAUUCAAUUUAUCAUUCUCUUCAAAUCGAAAAGGAGACUUUAUAGAACGAAUUGACUUCAUUGUUAAAGAGAGCUUAGAAGUGCUAUCUUUGCAUAUUAAGGGAUGCGUCAUAUGCCCAACGCUACAUUUUGAUAAACGUAGCCUUGAUUUUGGCGAAAACCGCAGUUUCGUGUAUGCCUUUGCAGGAUUUAGCAGAAGUCAGGAAAUAAGUCUUCGUAAUUUAUCUUUGGUGCCUGUCACGUACAGUGUAAGUAUAAUGGAAGAUGGUGAUCAGGCACCUUUGACUUACGAAGAGUUCGCUAUAUCUGAAGUAAAACCAAGUUUCCCGACUAACCCUCGCGAAUUUACGAUUACUCCGCAGAAAGGAGUGGUACAGGCGCACAGUUCGCUUAAAUUAAAGGUAGUGUCAUAUACAGCGAACGUGGUUCAAACAGGACGAGCAAAUAUGCGAGUCGACAUGUGGGAUUCAGAUUCGAAUCCAGUAAUACUACCGCUCUCGUUUUGUGGCGCUAUUCCUUCUCUGUCGAUCAAACCCGCAGAGAUCAAUAUUCGAUUUUCCUUCAUCAACUUUCCGUACACUCGUUUCAUCAAUGUUGAAAACGGUUCGGAUUUAGAUGGAUAUUUUUAUAUAGUACCACAAGCGAUAUCCAAAAAUAUACCGAUUAUAUAUUCGCUAUCUUGCUAUCAGGGUUUUCUAAAAGCACGACAAUCAAAGACGAUCGAUGUUACGAUUAUUACAAAAAAUAUAGGCAGGCAGACGACAGCAUUAAAUAUGCUGACAAUGGGUGAACCGGCUUCAGUUACGUCUUGUCAGAUUAUUUGUAAUGGCCAGGGACCGGUAAUAUCCGCGCAACCAACCUGUCUCAAUUUCGGAGAAAUAUUAGUGCUUCAAGAAAAAAUUAUGAAUUUUCAUAUAAUCAACGACUCACCUAUACCAGCGCAAUUUAAAUUAACAUCACCUACGAAGAAAUCAUCAUGGCUUGUUAAUCCAACUUUUGGUGAAGUUGAACCGAAUAAAUCUGCGGAGAUUACAAUCAAAUUAUUUUUGCGCGACACUGGUAAAUACACUGAUAAUAUAAUCGUGCAUGCCAUCAACAGUCGAUCGUUUUCCGUUAAUAUAAUUGCAACUGGAAUCGGUUGCAGCGUCGUUUUCGAGCCGCAGAUAUUCCCAAUAUUUGACAUGGGUUUUCUCUUUAGUCAUCAAAAUCUGAGCAUACCAAUAACAAUAAAAAAUUUUGGCACACGUAAUUGUCAAAUAAUAUGGUCAAACAAUCCAGAAGUGCGCUAUCAAAAAAGCCAAACUUGGCCAAAGAAAUUUAAAAUUGAACCGUGCACUGUAGAAAUUCCAGCUAAUAGUUAUCAUGUAGUUCAAUGCAAAAUAUGUUGGAACGUAAAUGAAACCUUGGUCGAAGAUUGGUAUGUAUUCGAGCAGAUUUUAGGACAAGGAAAGCGAAAAUUGAUCGGAACCUCCACAUUUAAAGCUACAUUUACAGAGCCACGGAUUGUGUUUAACAAGAGAGAAUUAACGUUUCGCAUUGAUAUACAUCCCGAGGGAGAAAAAUUACAACAGACAGAUGAACUAAUAGUGACAAAUCAAUCGCAAUUAAAUUUAAAUGUUUUAUUAUAUAUUGAUGCUCCUUUUUAUUUAAUGAGCAAUAAGAAGAAGUUACAUAAAAAAAAUAUGGUUCUAAUGGACGGAACUACAACAACUAUUCCAAUAAAAUUUUUGCCAAAUAUAAAUCCUGAUAAUCCUUAUUCACAAAACUAUAACAGUGUACUCUGGUUUGAAUAUGACGAGCAUCCUAAUAAGGUACUGAAAAAAUAUACAUUGCAAAAUCAAUUCGCACUUUACAAAAAUUUUAUCUCUCUAAUUUCAGGACAAAAUUCAAUGCAAGGUGCAGUGAAUUUCCCGAAUAUUACAUUACUUUCUAAAGAUAUGUUUAUUAACUGCAUAUCGGGUUCUACCGCUAAAGAAACAUUGAGGAUAACUAAUAAUGGACCAAUUCCUGUGAUAUACAAAUUUCUGUGGGCCGGAGAGAGUAUUGAGAUUCAACGUGGAACACAUAAUGUUAGAACUGAAAUGCAGCAAAAUAUGAAUAAGCUACAAGAUUCAGAUUCGGAGAAUCGAUUAAUAGAAGUUCAAUCAGAAACACUGGAUGAAACGCUCGAGAAAUUAAGAAACAUUUUUAUGUCAACAGAAACAUCCUAUCCACGAUGCCUAGAUGAUCCAGAGAUUCUUGCUCUAAUAGAUCCAAAUCUCGAGCUUCCUACAAAAGACUUACUCGAUGAUAUACUCGACAUCAUACCGCACGAAGGCAUUCUCGUCCCGCAUUCCUCACAAUAUGUGCGCUUCAUCUUCCAUGCUUCUGAGCCUAUGCAGGUCAAAGUUGCCGCGCUUUGUGAAAUUCUUCAGGGACCUACUGAAGUAGUUAAUGUGUUUGCCAGCGCAGACGUCGUUCAGUAUUCAGUUGAUAAGCAGGUCAUCGAUUUUGGUCAACAGGCAAGUUAUUUUUUAAUAAUUAAGUUAUUUGGUGAACUGUGUCGAUCAAACUUUACUUUGGAAAAUCACAGCAUGAUAUACCUGGAUUAUAAGAUAAACCAAAAAAAUUUAAUAUCCAAAAGAAACGUUGACGUCUCUACUAUCGGCGUAUUAACAAUUGAUCCAAAUAAUGGAUUUAUAGAUCCUUUGUCAACAUUGGAAAUUACGGUCGAAUUUCAACCCAUGCUACUCGGAGCUUUCGAAAUAGAAUUUGAGUUACAAUAUGUAUUACGUUAUUGUUACAAAAUUAUAAUAUCACGUUAUCUCAUUGCUAUUAUUAUUAUACAGGUAACUCAUGCAGACCCAUUGAUAAUUACUGCAAAAGGUAUUACCAGUUACCCACAAGUUUAUCCGUAUAUCUCGCGCGAUAUCUCUAAGCAAUACUCUGCCGAAUUGGGAUACCAAGCGAUCCAACUACUAAGUUUGGAUUAUAUCAUAAUGAAGAAACAAGAAAUAAAAACGCAUUGUAAUACAAACAAUGACAAAUCAAGGAAUCAAAUACCCGAAUGGGACGAGAGAAUUUUAUUAAAUAAUGGAUGGGAUUUAAUUUCAUACGAAGAGAUAUUUCCCAGUAUUGUCGACAUUGAAAUGUCAAUUGAUAGGCUUUUGGCAAAUCAAUUUAUCAAAGAGAAUAAUUUAAUAAUUCAAUUAAAAUAUCCUACCCUACACAAGAACACUGUUAUUCCUUAUCUUUAUACUCCUGGAUACAUCAUAGGUAUAUGUUCACGCAAAAACGUUAAUUAUUUCAAAAUAAAUUCUGUAUCCCGUGGUUCUACUAUUCCCAUAAUUAUAAAAGGUGUUAUUACUUAUCCAUUCGUGAUUGUUAACACGGAAUUAUUAGAUUUUCAAAAUGUCAUUGUGGGAGAAUGUUUAAUGAUGAAAGUUUUAUGCCGCGUAAAGGCAAAUUUAGAAAUCUUUACUAAAACGGGUCUAGAAACGCAAAUAGUAACACUGCUUGGUCGAGGAAUCGAAUAUAAACUGCAAAUAAGCGAUCUCGAAAUUAACUUCUCGCCCACAAUACUUUUUACUGAAGUAUUAGAAAAAGAGUUCACAAUCGAAAAUACAUCCGAUUAUCCCGUGGAAUUUUUCUGGCAUCAUCUCGACAGAAAUGACGUGGAAUGCACUUUAUUGAAUAAACCAAUGCGUUACAGUCUUUUUCUAGAAGAGGAGCGAAUUGCCGAGGCACUGACUCGUUACUACGGAGUUAAAGAAAUCCUAUUACCGCCUCGAAAACUCGGAGAGAGAAUGCCGUCAUCUUUAAUGGAAUUCUAUAAUAACCUCAUGAGCGAGAUGGCGAACGCUUUGUCGGCGGAAGUAAUCGAGGAAAAAAGUGCUACUGCGCUCGAUGGUACAUUAAAGAUACUUGAAAUUAAGUUUCCUUUCACAAAUCAUAAUUACGACAACGAACUUUUAAGUGUGGAACGCAAGAAUAGAAUACGAGCAAGAAAGAAGUCGUCUAGUACAUCGAGAUUAUUUGUCCAACAAUUCCCGACUCGGCGAAGAUCGAAAAUAAAAAAAGAGUUUAACGUCGACAGACGGAAACGGAAGAAGUCAACCGGUUAUUCAUCCACUUCCACGGAUACUGCAAAAAGAGAUUGCCCGUCCAUGUCAGUUCUUAGCGAACACGACUUCCCUCGUGAACCUCCAAUAUUACCAACAAACGAUCCCGAAGAACUUCACAAUUUGCUCCUCUGCUAUAUAGAGACUCUGCGUAAAGAUCCCAGUUUUCACGCGAGAAUAAAAGAUCCUGUGAAGGAAUUGUUUGAUAGUCAGGAAACGAAAUCGAUUUCGGAACUUGAUCCCUCGCAAUCACCCAUGAAAGUUUGCAUUAUCUUUCACGGCGCGCCGUUUACUGAAUAUCAAGAAACCGCCUGCAGGAGCGCUAAGGCAUUGCAAGUGCCACUACUGUGCAUAGACAAUGUAAUUAUCAAAGGCAUCGCGCUUGGCGACAAUUAUGCUUCCAUCAAGUUGCGACAGAUCAUUGACGACGCUUAUCAGGAAUAUUUGUUGGCGUUCGAAAGACUCAAGUUACUACAACAAACAAUUUUACCAUUAACUUUUUGUUUCAGAGAUAAUUUGAAAACUGACCUGACAGCAAAGAAAACCGAUGUCGAAAUCGCGGAACAUAAUCGUGAAACGAUCGCAAAGGAAUCAUCUAAACAAACAAAAUCACCAAAGUCACCGCGGUUACCAAACGCACCUACUAAGUUUGAUUUAAAAACCACAGAAGUCGAUGGACACUCAGAGAGUGAUACUCCGACUCAAUUAAUGAUUUCAUUCGAGAUGGAAUUUGCAAAGAUUCCAAGAAAACAAGAUCUAACAUUUUUAGAUCCUAUAAGUGUUUACGAAUAUAAAAUUCAAACAAUUUUGCUACUGCAAGAAAUUUUUUCACAUUAUACGACAAUUGAACCGAAAGUCAGUAAGAAAGAUCAGAAUGACACUUUUCUCGGAAUUGAGAUUGACUUAUUAAUCAAAGUUCUUGAAGAAAGGUAUUUAUCUUCUUCAUCAUUUUCUGCAGGUUCUAAGUAUCAUCUUCUUAUUAAAUCUCGUUUCUUAAUGAGCAGGUUGUCAUCGGAUUUCAAGGAUGGUUUUGUACUACAAACUUUAAACAAUGUUUUUUUAAAAAACGACAUUAUCACGCUGCUCACAUUACUCAACAUUAUUGGACACGUAGAAUAUUCAUUGUUUGUAACUUUUCUAAAUUCGAUGAAUACUUAUACUCGAAAAAUGGAGGAAUUGCGAAAAUUAGAAGGUAAGUCAAAACUUUCUCAACAAGUAUCUACCGCUCAAACCACUAAAAAUAAAAAAAUAAAGACAAAGAAUCAAAAAAACAAUCGAGAAGACAAAUCCCAAACUUUUAAAACGCUCACCAACAAAGAAGAAAUUCGAGACUAUAAAGAGUUUGAAAGUAGAGAUUCUAAAUCAAUUUUAGAAAAGCAGGAGGUUCUGAAGGAAGUAUCGAACGAAUUGCAAAAUAUUAAUAAUGCCAUGAAUGAUUAUUAUAACCGUCUUUCUGUCAUAGAAAACAUUAUCCAAAAUUGGGAUCCGCUUAAGAAGAAUGCAUUGUUUAAGGACAAAAGUUUGAAGACUGAUAGAUUAAUAGAUACAAAAGACAAAAAUUCAGAUGUUAAUAAAGAGAACGUGUUACUAAGACGGUCUUUUCAAAUCGUCUCAUUAUCCACACUAUCCAACUCCGAUUUGAUAAUGGAAAUUAAUUCUUCACGCACUAGUGUGAUUAGUAAGCAAGAAAAUUCUGUAAGAAAUACAAAACGCAAAGAGCGUAUUUUCAAUAAAAAUAAAGAACCAUUGACGAUAUCAUUAAAUGCAUCUGCAAGAGCAUCUAUAGAGAGCAUAGAUACAAAUGUAUCUAAUAUUAAUACAAUCUUUGAGAAGAUAUUAAAACCACGAUGGAUUUUACAACCUAACAAAAUUCAAAAAUUCAAAAUAAGAUAUCAACCCGAAGAAGAAGGAAUUCAUCGACGAACAUACGCCUUAUCCAUUCUCAACGGCUAUGACAUCACUUACGAUAUCAACGUUUAUGGCGUCACAGAUGUGCCGAGACUAGAUAUGAACCCUAACAUUAUUUUUUCAAAAGCUGGACAGUGUGAAUUUUUAAAAAUAUCAGCCGGUGUUACAAAAUUGGGUUCCUUUACCGAUAAAUUAUAUGUAUGUAUCGCAAAUAAUCCGCACAUUGAAAUAAUCGAGCUUCGAUGUAAUGGCUCGAAAUUGGACAUAGAAUUGGAAAACAAACAUUUAUCUUUUGGCCAUGUGCUCUUACAUAGAAGAAACUUUCUUAAUUGUUUUAUCCGGAAUAGAUCUCCAAUAGAGAUAUUUUGGCAAUUAGAUCCUGAAUUGUUAGAUUCUCAAAUCUCAGUUACACCAACUAAAGGAAUUGUAAAGACCCAUAAUGAUCAAAAGAUCGAAUUUUGUUAUUACGCCAAUAAACUUGGGACGAUCGAGAAAAGUUUGAUUUUUAAAGCUUUCUUUCAUGAAGACGACUUGGAACCUAUUUUUACGGAAACCGUCACUUUAUCUGGCGAAACGUACGACGUUGCUGUUGAUAUUAAUUAUGCAAAUCCAAUUGACUUAAAAUGCGUGAAGGUUGGCUCGCCCACGAGCGCAGACUUCACAAUAAGCAAUCGGGGAAAUUACGAAGUUAAAUAUACUAUACUUCUGGAGGAGCAAAGUAAACUAGCCAAAAUUGCGCCAACUUUGUUAGUAAAAUUGCACGAGAACCUAGAAAUUAAUCCUGCUUUUGGUUUUGUUCAACCAAGAAAAGAGGCUGUUGUACAAUAUAAUGGCCAUAAUCGAUGUUUCAGAGUUCGCAUUUAUCCCGGCAAUGAGAUCAAUUUUUCCUCGCUUGGAAUAUGCACGAAGAAAACGUUAUAUCUUAACGUGGAAAAUAUUGGACAAUUCCCUCUUCAUUAUUUUAUUAAAACAGCGCCUAUUAGACAUCCAUCCGUUAGCUAUAUGACAGAAAUUAAAACAGAAAACGUAAUCAAAAAGGAUCAUGACAAAUCGACAGAUACGUCAAUGAGAAAAGAUAAAUCACGAAUUGAAAAAUCCGAUGACAAAUUAUUUUUUAGAAACGCACAAGAAUUUACAACUGUGUUAAAAAUUGGUCCUUUUACUGUAACGAAAACUGAGGGAUAUCUUCAGCCCAAAGAGAUUGAUGCCAUAGCAAUUGAAUGUUUUCCGGAAUUCGUUGGUUCUCAAGAAGAAGAUAUAAUAAUUCUCGUGCCUGAUAGCGUUCCCGAAGUUAAAAAAGACAAAUUAAUAAAACUAUCCGUUAAUUCCAGCAUACCCAGCGUCGACCUUCAAGAUCUCGAUGCUGUAUUUCAUGAAAAUCACAUCGUGGAUCGCAUUGAAGAUUUUACUUGUCCGAAAGAAGUAUUUAAUUUUUCCAACAAGUUUAUCUCGUGUUUACAUAUCGGUGCACACACUGUAUUCGCGCGUCAAGAGAAAUGCCUGUAUUUUCGUUACGUCAACCUGUUUCACAUCCAUACGACGUAUUUCGUGCUUCACAAUCGGAACGUAAUACCCGCCGACGUGGAACUGACCCUACUCGCAGAUUCAUUUACACCGAAAACUAUGAAAUCCAACACUUUCAUUCUAACACCCGAAAGAGAACGCAUUCCACCAAUGAGUCAUAAAAGAUUCGCGAUUUCGUUUAAUCCGACGCUUAUAGAGGCGUGUUAUGCAGUCUUUGAGAUAGCAGUCGAACUUCCUCCGCAUUUACAGGAUGAAAAGUUUUCUAUUAAAUUAGUAGGACAAGCUUGCGUGCCAGAAGUGACAAUCAUUGAACCACCAAGUGGAAAACGAGAACGAACUAUUUUAAACUUUGGUCGUACUCUCGUAGACAAUUUUCAUAAAAAAAGAUUCACUUUUAAAAAUAUCGGUGUAAUACCAGCUAAAGUAAUCGUCGAGAUUUAUGAGGAUCCAAAUUGCCUUUUCACUUUCAAUAUUUGCGAGGAUACAAGAAACUUGUCGAGCGGUCAGUGUUACAAAAUUAAUCUGUCAAACGAUCAAUACAUCGUAGUUCGUUUAAUGCCCGAGGAAACAAGGAUGCUCGAAGUAAAAUUUACUCCGCGAGAGAUCGGCAAAUACGAGAGUCAAGUGCGACUAUUUAUCGCUGAUAACCCGUACGAAAAUCUAAUAAUCGAUUUGAAAGGCGAAGCAUACACAGAAUUAAUCGUGUUAGAUGGAUUAGAGCUCACGAAUACAAGGCUUAAUUCUGUCAAUGAAAGGCGGGAAUCUAAAUCACGAAGAUCAUCGAAGCCAAACAGUACAGCAGAAGGUAAUCGAGAUUGUAAGAAAAUACAAAAAAAAAAGAUACAAAAAUAUUUUCAUUGCUCACUCCUCUGUGAUUUAUAUCUCACAGCCUCGACACCGAGAGCACUCCCGAUUUCAUUGAUCUAUAAGCUAGACUAUGGAUAUUGCUUUGUCAAUAAAAUAUACAGGAAGAACUUCAAAGUCGUCAAUAAAUCAAUGAAUUGGUACUUACGUUUUCAAUGGAGCUCACAUCCCAACGUUGUAUUUACACCAUCCAUCGGUCACCUCAAGCCUCAAACUUACAAGGAAAUCGUUGCAACGUUCCUUUCUUCGGAGCCUACAAUUUAUAUUGAUGUAAUAUUUUCUAAUGACGAACAGACGCUUCUCGAGUGUACGGUCUGUGCAAUUGAUCUCGCCGAUCCUUUGAGAGAAUCAUCCUGGGACGAUCGGGAAACGGAGGUACGAUGGAUAGCAAUGAAUUCUAACGGGAAGCAAGAAAUAAAUACGGAAAUGGCUAAAAAAAUAAUCGAGUCCGUUAACGAACCGAGCAACGAAGUUGUACCUGGCACGAUGAAGUGUAUCCAAGUGUUAUUUAACGCCACCGUGGCAUACUCCAAGUAUUCGUGCUCCAUUAAGGAAAUCAAUUUCAAGAACACGCUGAUGUUCCAGGUUAUAUAUCUAAUUUUCAUGAUCUCGUGCAGCACGUUUCUACGAUAUGUUUAUUACAAGCAGAAAGUAAAAGAGACUAUUAGGACACGUACUUUGGGACACAUUAAUUAUUUUUUUAAUAAUAAUGAGAUUUUCAAUGUCAGCACUUCUCAAUUAUCAUCAUUAAUAAACGAAUAUACAUUCACUUUUUCGAAUACUGGCACCGUCGACGUUAAAUACGCGUGGCAGAUAAACAUGGACGAGCACUAUCCCAUGAGGUCGAGCGCAAAUUACUCACGAGCCACGCCAAGAUCGCGAAGGAACGACGCUCGACCUACAACAGCUUUAUUAACGUCCCGCGAAUCAUCCCAUCAACGACACAAUCCGAAUUUUGACGGCAGCGUAAAGUUGAAUCGUCGACAGCUCCUAUCGCCUCGAGAAAUAUUUCCAGACAAUCUUAUCGAGGUGAAGCCAAUUGCCACACAAUGCAUUCCAUCUGACCUCUUCAGCAGCAGCGCCGGGUUGACAGGACGAAGUAGCGACAGCUGGUUAGAAAGUAAUGAUCUACCAUUUACAAUUCAUCCCGAGAAGGGGAUUUUAGCACCGGGUGAAUCAGUGGAAUGCGUCUUGCGAUUCUCCCCCAUGGACGUGUUCGACUACAAGGCGUAUCUUGCGUGCAAAAUGGAGAAUCUCGAUCCGGAACUGCCAGAGUUGGUUAUUCCCAUCGUGGGAAGAAGUUUGUUGCCAUACUGUCACUUCGAUAUACCGGAAAGCGACUAUCUGUCCGGUGAUAGACGCGACACGAAAUUGCCAGGACCGAUCGGUUACCAACCGGAUGAUAAUUCUCUUCCGGAAGGCACGAGAGUGAUCGAGCUCGAUGUGAUCGGAAUCGGCGGGUCUCACGUAAAAAAGUUCCGGAUGAUAAAUCCAACAUCGGAUGACUAUCGCUUCGCCUGGGAGGAUCGGACCAGCCACGUCGAAGGCGAGAUUCCGAAAUUUCAUUGCGUCCUUCCGAAAGGAAUCGCUGAGAAAAGAAAACAGGUCGACUUCGCCUUUACGUUCCUCGCGGAGGACGUCGGCACUUUUGAAUCCUUCUGGUUAUUCCGUGUCGAAAAAUACAAUUUGGAAUAUUUCUUUCUAUUCGUUGCGAUGGUCAGAGAACCGUCGGUUUGCUGUUCAAUUGUUCAUCUAAAAAUGAGACCAACUGUAAACAUUCUGUACGAUUUUUACGCAUCAACAUCUAUGUUUUCUACAGGCGUCAACGUGCGAGAAUCGGCAAGCGUAAUCAAUAACGAGGAAUUUCAGAUUCCCUUUCAAAUUACGCGCGACUCUUUAUAUUCCGAAGGACGCCUUCAGUGUUUGAAGAUAACGCCUAUGAGUGGCACUUUGCCGGCAAAAGGCAAACAGAUAUUUUGGAUUGAGUAUCAGCCUACACUUCUUGGCGAAUUUCAAUUUUUUGUAAAGUGGGUUAUAAAAAGAAUGAAGGCACCGUUGACAAUAUUUGUUACAACGACGACGUACGAUAUUAUCGUUUCCGUUACAUACGUCGAUCAGAAUGGUCAGAUAGUGCGAUUAAAUCAGGAUAAAGAGAAUGUUAUCGAUUAUGGAAAAAAUAUGUUAACAAUAGUAAACUUUUUUAAUUUUCAGCUGAUGUUAAGAGUCCCUGUUACUAUUACAUUUGAGAUAACAAACUCAAGUAAAAUGACGCUCAGCUAUUCCUGGGACCUCGGCAUGACAUCGGAAAUAAUCAGCAGAAAUAUGUAUACGAUUACGAUGCCUCAAAAACAGGAUCAUGUGCUGAGCGAAUCGCAUUCCAAUUGUUCUCUCAUUGUCACGGCAUUACAAAAGACGGUGAUAAAGAAUCAUCCCGUCUUCUUGAAGAUUUCCAGAGGCCCGACCUAUCGACUAAUCUUGAAGGCAACAGCAAAUAAACCAAUUUUGGAGUUCAGUUUUAAUUAUUACGACUUUGGACCCUGUUACAUUCGAGACGUCACCGCAACUCCGUAUCACGUCGACUUACGCAUCACAAAUUCAGAUAAUGUCCCAUACAUAUUGGAGUGCAAGUUUGAGGAGAAACCACACAUUUCUGUAGAUCUUAACGCUCUUUCAGAGACAAUAACUGCUCGAUCAAGUAUUAUUAUUCCGAUAACAUUCCGACCUUUGGAGCAGGUGCACUAUCGCGAUAAUCUGAAUUUUAUAAUUAAUUCGACAAUCGAAAAAAAGAUUACUAUAACAGGCGAAGGAAUUACAUAUAAGGUUCGUUUAGUAAAUCCGCAUGACAAAUCAGUGGAUCUUGGUAAUCUACCGAUUAACAAAAUGACGAGCAGAAAAGUGCCCGUGAUCAACGAGGGGCGAGCUGCGCUCGAAUUAAAGUUCGAUCUCAUGAAGAAUCUGCCUGGUUACGAUCGAUUUCGCGAACGAAUUCGAACUUGUCCGAGGAAGAUCGAUCAAGGGAAUUCCAAUAUGGAUCACAUUCGAGCAUCAAUAUCUGAAACGAAACGUUCGUAUACGUUUGACGUGAAUCUUCAGACGAUCGAACCCGAUCUGUCCGAAGUUCUGAGGAUCGAACCGACGGAAUCGAUCGUACUUCAGCCAGGGAAGAUCGCGAAUGUCGUCGUAAAGUACAAAUCUACGCGCAGGAUGCGUCCUUUUAUCGCUAAAGUGGCUUUCCAAACCAAUUCCAUGAUCCAACCGUUAUUUAUCUUACGCGGAAGCUGUAUAGGCGCGGAGUUCCGUUUGAGCAGGACUUAUAUUCCUUUCGGUAUAGUCGUUCAAGGUUGCCUCAGCGAGGCAAAGGUAGUGCUAUUGAACAUGGGAGAUAUUGGUGCCAGAUUUAAGUGGAACACGUUGAAAUUGCCUGGAGAUUUUAGUAUCGUUCCUGCGACUGGGUAUUGCUCUCCUGGCAUGGACGUCAACUUCGUUGUCAGUUUCCGACCUACUCGGCACGACAGUUUGAUCGAGGGCAAUGCUACGCUCGAAAUUGAAAGAUAUGGAGAUCUCGGAGUAAAUAUUACUGGCGCCAGUUGUAAGCUACCCGACCCGGUUGACACUCUGUUUUUCUCGUGUUGCGUCCGCGAGAAAACAAUGAGGUCUCUAAACAUCGAAAACGACACUGCGACCUCCUGGAAAUUGAAACCCGAGAUCACCGGCGACUGCUUCUUCGUCGACGAAGUCUUGCAUGUUCCUGCGAAAGAAUCGGCUACCUGCACAAUCACUUACGCCCCACUAGUCAUGAACAGCGAGGGCGAGCCUCACGAAGGUACGUUGCUUCUAAAGCUGCCGGAUGACAAAGCGCCUUUGGUAUACUGUCUUCGAGGACUGAGUCUACCUCCGCAAGCUCUCCAAAGGAUUACACGUCAAUUUCCAGCGAAGACAAAGUACACCGAAUUGUUACCUGUCUACAAUUGGCUUGGUACUCAGCAACGAUUCGAAUGCAAAAUUGAGAAUAUGAACGGCAACGAGCCCGUUAAGAAUCCCAAAGUGUUCACUUUUGUUGGCAACAGCAAAAUAGACGUGCCGGCGAACGGCCAGCGAGAUUAUCGCGCAGAAUUUCACUCCUACAAAGAAUCAAGAUAUAAUUUUAAGGUAACGUUCGCUAACGAAGAGGGUGAAUAUCAAUUUUACGAACUACAAUACGAUAUUACAAGACCACAAAAAAUUGAAUCGAUCAAGUUGAUCACUACGGUACGAUACCUGGUGUGCCAUACUUUAAGGUUGAAUAAUCCGCUUAAGGAUCAACACGUAACAUAUACAGCAAAAUGUCAACAUCCCUGCAUCACGAUCUAUGACGUACCAAAGCUCGUGGCACCCUUACAUAGUGUUAGUUACCAGAUUUUGUCAAAAUUUAUUCAAAUUAUUUUAUAUUAUAGAGAAACCAUCGGCAUCGAGUAUUACCCUUUACACCCCGCUGAGGAAGUCAUAGUAGCCUUAGACAUUAAUUGCGAGGAGCUCGGACUGUUUCCUUAUGAGUUACAAUUGCGAGCGAUACCAGCAUCCGCGGAAAAAACAACACGCGUCGUCGCGGUCCUCGGCGGUUCUAUUACUUUCUCUUUGACAAUAAACAAUCAUGCCAGGAAGACCGCAGUAUUCACUAUCAAGGUAAAUAAUGAAUGUUUUACAACUCCGAAGAACAUCGAGGUGCCAGCAAUGAACAGCGCAACAUUCGACGUAACUUACGAGCCCAACGACGUUGACAAUGCCUCUGCCACUUUGACAGCCACAUCCGAGAUUGCUGGCGAAUUUGUGUUUCCUCUCAUCGGUACGUAUUCGUUGCCGAAACCUCAAGGACCUUACACAGUUACUGCCAACGCGCCGGCUUCCAUACCAUUCAAGAACAUAUUUAGAGAAAGUAAAUCUUUUGAACUUUUCUUGGAUAAUCCCGAAGUUUUCGCAACGUCGAUGUCGCUGAACAAAAUUAAACCGAAACAGGUAUUUCUACAAAUCUUUCUGUUAUCUCUUCAAAAUGAUAAUCUCUAA